AUGGGCAAGAAGAAGCGCGGACACCCCGACGUUGAGGAUGUCCUCUCGCGGCCGUGGUGCUAUUACUGCGAGCGUGACUUUGAAGACCUGAAGCUUCUUAUUUCCCAUCAGAAGGCCAAGCAUUUCAAAUGCGACAGAUGCGGUCGCCGACUCAACACUGCUGGAGGUCUCUCCGUCCAUCUGAACCAGGUCCACAAGGAAACGCUCACCCAGGUUGAGAAUGCGCUACCGAACCGACAGGGCCUUGAUGUGGAGAUCUUUGGUAUGGAGGGCAUUCCCCAAGACAUCUUGGAUCAGCACAGGAAUCGCAUCAUCCAGAACUUCUACCAGGCACAGGAGGACCGUCGUAUUGCCACAGGAAACCCUCUGCCUGGUCAGUCCAAGCAGCCAAGGAAGAAGCUCAAGAUCGAAACCCCCGAGGAGCUGAAGGCCCGUCUUGCCGAGCACCGCGCGAGGAUAGCUGCCGGACAUACUCCAGGCACCACUGGCAGCCCGGCCAACGGCGCCCCGGCGAGCGCAAGCCCGGGUGCAUUCAACAACUCUCCCUACCCUCCGCCGCAGGCGCCUUACGGUGCCACUCCCGAUCAGAGCUUCCCGGCCGGAGGUACGCCUGUUGUGCCCGGUGUGCCCGGUGUGCCUGGCGUGCCUGGCGCGCCUGCAUACCCGCAGCAGGGCUACCCACAAGGCAAUUACGCUGGCUUUUCCCCGUCAUCUCUUCCCGCAAGGCCGACAAGCGGCCUGCAAGCGAUGCCCGGCCUUCCUCAGCGGCCGCCCCAGUUUGGUGGCCAGUUCUGGAACGGCACUGGCGCCCCGCCGCCUGGGUACCCCGGAGCAUCAACUGUUGACGAGCUGGUCUCCGGCGCGGCCCACCACGGCGAUGAAAUUGAUGAGCUUAUUCGGAGGGCCGAGUCCGGCAUCAAGGCGCCCAAGAAGCCCGAAGACGAGGCUGCAGAGGAGGCCGCGGGCGAAAAGAAGUCCAAGAAGGACAAGAACGGCAGGAUGUUCUACGCAGACACGGAGGUCAGCCCCGAGGAGCGCAUGGCACAAUUACCGAGAUACGCCUACGUGCCCCCUGCAUCUUAG